ACUGCUGAGGCGCGAGUCUCCAAAGCGUUCAAAACCCAUGACUUAGUGUUUUCAGAAGCCGUAUUAGUGCAUUUUAACAAUAACUAUGACUUAGUGCUGUGCCGUAACGGGCUUCUGUGAGUGUCUGCUGACAUGACACAGUCUGUCGUAGUCCAGGUUGGACAGUGUGGUAACCAGGUUGGCUGCAGGUUUUGGGAUCUGGCUUUAAGAGAACAUGCACAUGUCAAUAAAAAGGGACUAUACGAUGAGGCUCUCAGUAGUUUCUUCCGAAAUGUGGAUUCAAGGAAAAGUGAUGGAGGAGCAGUUGGUGUUGGUGGGAGAAUCCAACAUCUGAAGGCCAGAGCGGUACUCGUGGACAUGGAGGAGGGUGUGGUCAAAGAGAUCCUACAGGGUCCGCUCAGGGAAGUGUUUGACAGCACGCAACUCCUCACAGACGUCUCAGGUUCAGGCAACAACUGGGCUGUUGGUCACAUGAUGUAUGGCUCAGCCUAUAGGGAGCAGAUCGUGGAGAAGCUGAGGAAAGCAGCUGAGCACUGUGACUGUUUGCAAUGCUUCUUUCUCAUUCACUCUAUGGGAGGAGGUACGGGCUCAGGCCUGGGGACCAGAGUGCUGGGCCUGCUUGAAGAAGAGUUCCCUGAGGUGUGUCGAAUCGUCACAUCCAUCUAUCCGUCUGCAGAGGACGACGUCAUCACAUCUCCGUACAACAGCGUCCUGGCCAUGAGAGAACUCACAGAGCACGCAGACUGUGUGCUACCUGUUGAAAACCAGUCACUGGUCGACAUAGUGAACAAGAUCAAACACAUGUCUUACAGCGGGAAGGCAGGGUCUGUGAUUAAGACAGACAGCAGCAUCAUCUCUGGACGAGGAGGUGUUAGUGGAGCUGAGAAGCCCUUUGAUGCUAUGAAUAACAUUGUGGCGAACCUGCUGCUCAACAUCACCAGCUCUGCCCGUUUUGAAGGCUCCCUCAACAUGGAUCUGAAUGAGAUCGCCAUGAACCUGGUGCCUUUCCCUCGGCUCCACUACCUGGUGCCCAGCCUCACCCCUCUGUACACUCUGGCCGAUGUCAGCGUCCUCAGCAGAAGACUGGAUCAGAUGUUCAGCGAUGCCUUCAGUAAAGACCACCAGUUGAUCCGAGCCGACCCAAAGCACAGCCUGUACCUGGCCUGUGCCCUCAUGGUCCGCGGAAACGUGCAGGUGUCCGACCUGCGUAGGAACAUCGAAAGGCUGAGGCCUUCACUGCCCUUUGUCUCAUGGAAUCAGGAGGGCUGGAAGACAGGUCUGUGCUCUGUGCCUCCGGUCGGUCAUUCCCACUCUCUGCUGGCGUUGGCCAACAACACAUGUGUGAAGCCCACGUUUGUAGACCUGAGAGAGCGCUUCGCCAAGCUCUACCGGAAGAAGGCUCACUUACACCACUACCUGCAUGUGGAGGGCAUGGAGCAGAGCUUCUUCUCCGAGGCCAUGGCCUCUCUCAGCUCCCUGAUUGAAGAGUACCACCAGCUCGAUGCCACCAAGCGGACCCUGGUACCUGAUGCACCCAGACUGAGCAUCGCUAGAUGAAGGUCCACUCUGUUACACAACGCAACCAACCCCUGUCUGUGUGUCAUUAUUUAAACAAAAAAACAGCUUCAAACACACUCAAAUGGUUUGUAUAGAGUUUUAUAAAUUAUAUAAACUGUUAUCAUGAACCUGAUUUAUAACCUGAUUUCAAUUUUGUUCUGCCUGAAAAAUAAACAGGAAC